CCACGCCCCGCCCCGCGCUCUCCCCUCCAUUCCAAGAUGGCGGCGGCGGCCGGGUGGGGCUGAGGCGUUCCCACCGCCGGCAGCGCCCCGCGAUGCGGCCCGGCCGCCUCGACGCCCCCAGCCGCCCCCGGUGAUCCGGGCCCCCGGCGAUCCGGGCCGGGCCCCGCCAUGCUGCGGCGGCUGCUGGAGCGGCCCUGCACGCUGGCCCUGCUGGUCGGCUGCCAGUUCGCCUUCGUCGCCUACUUCUCCCUGGGGGGGUUCCGUAACCUCACCUCCCUCUUCGGCCGCGCCGCCGGGCCCGUCUUCGACUACUCGCGCACCCACGACGUCUACGCCAACCUCAGCCGGCUGCUGCCCCGCCAGCCCGCCCGCCCCGACCCCGCGCAGCCCCUGCCCUUCUGCCCCGAGCGGUCGCCGUUCCUCGUCGGCCCGCUGACGGUGAGCUUCAGCCGGGUGCCCACGCUGGAGCAGAUCCGGGCGAAGAACCCGGCGGUGCGGGAGGGCGGCCGGUACCAACCCUCCACCUGUGAGCCCCGGUCCCGUACGGCCGUCAUCAUCCCCCACCGCAACCGUGAGACCCACCUGGGCCACCUCCUCUACUACCUGCACCCCUUCCUGCAGCGCCAGCAGCUCCAGUACGGCAUCUACGUCGUGCACCAGGCAGGAAACUCCACCUUCAACCGGGCCAAGCUGCUGAACGUGGGGGUGAAGGAGGCGCUGAAAGACGAGGAGUGGGACUGCCUCUUCCUCCAUGACGUCGACCUCAUCCCCGAGAACGACCACAACCUCUACACCUGCGACCCCUGGAACCCCAAACAUGUCUCCAUCGCCAUGAAUAAAUUCGGAUACAGCCUGCCGUACCCCCAGUACUUUGGAGGGGUCUCGGCCCUCACCCCUGACCAGUACAUGAAGAUCAAUGGUUUCCCCAACGAGUACUGGGGCUGGGGCGGCGAGGACGAUGACAUUGCCACCAGGGUGCGCCUGGCCGGCAUGAAGAUUGCCCGUCCGCCCAUCUCCAUCGGCCACUACAAGAUGGUGAAGCACAAGAGCGACAAAGGCAACGAGGAGAACCCCCACAGGUUCGACCUGCUGAUCCGCACGCAGCGGAUGUGGACGCAGGAUGGGAUGAACUCGCUCACCUACACGCUGCUGGCCAAGCACCUCCACCCGCUCUACACCAACCUCACGGUGGACAUCGGGACGGACCCCCGCGCCGGCCGGGGCCGCAGGGGGCCGGUGCCGGGCCAUGAGGGCCAGAGGUACCGCAGCAGCACCAGCCUCUUCCGGGAGGAGAUGCUGCGCAAGCUGCCCCGGGAUGCCGCCGGCUGGGGGGAGCAGGGGCUGUCCCUGUUCCCUCGGCUGCCCACAGCCACCGCGCAGCAGCUGCCGGCCGGUAACGGCACCCAGGGCGGUGCUGGCUCCCCCCCAGCGCCAGGGAUCACCCAGCGCAGCCCCGAGGCUGCCAGGGAGGGUGAUGCCCAGCCUGGGAGCAGCACCAAUGUGGCUGCGGCACAGGAGGAGGGGACCCUGCUCGCCCGCAGGGACAACCAGAGCCUGCCGCAAGGUGCCCGCUAGCCACUGGCCACCACAGCCCCCACGUGGACUCUGCUUGCUGCAACCCGGCACCGGGAAGGACCCCUGUGGUGCGUGGGGUGGGGGGGCCACAGCUGGGCGGGUUGCGCUGCGGCCUCACUGGAGAGACUGGGGGGAGCAACAAGCCCCAGGGGCAACUGCCAGGGAGCUGCUGGCCAUGGGGCUGGUGCCUGGUACUGGGGGGCACCCCUGGAGAAGGGUGCAGGCAGAGCUGGGGUGAGCCAGGGGCUUGCCUGGCCCCAUCUCCCUGGGGGCUGCGGGUGCCCAAAGACGGUUGCAGGCUGCGCUGCUGGCGCACGGUUAUUUAUUCUAUUUAUGAGCUGCUCCCUGGACCUUUAUAAGGGUUUUUCAAUAAAAAAAAAAUUUUGUCCUAC